UUCUUAUGUAUUUGCGGCUAUCGUAAAUUCUGCAGAGCGAAUAGUGUAUAGAGCAGAUUCUAUAUAUAUACUUACAAAAGCGGAAAUUAACUAUUAGAAAUACUUUUCAGAAAAAAACACUACAGUGUAGCUAACUGGAUUUGUAUUAUUAAAAUCGGAAUUGAUACGUUAUUGUGCAUCUUACAAUGGAUACCCCUAUUCGGAUCCUUAUUUGCGGUGGUGGAAACGGCGCCCAUACCAUUUCGGCCCUUGCAUCGUCUCGACCCAACGUAGAGGUCAACGUCUUGACCCUGUUCGCCGACGAAGCGCUGCGAUGGAAGACGGCUCUAGGUGACGACCACAUCGUUAUCAAGGCCCACUACAGCGACGGAACACAGGGGGAAAUCCGAGGCAAGCCUCGAUUGAUCACGAACGAUCCAGCGGAGGCCAUGAAAGACGUGGAUGUCGUGUUUUUUGUUGUACCAGCGUUUGCACACAAGCAAUACUUUGAGGCAAUUCAAAAUUAUAUAAACAAUGAUACAAUAAUCGUUGGCAUGCCAGGCCAAGCAGGAUUUGAAUUUCAGGCACUAAGCAGUAUGAAAAGACCAGGGCAUUCGGCCAUACUAAGCCUUGAUUCAAUGCCUUGGGCGUGCCGAAUUGUGGAGUUUGGACGAAAUGUUGAGAUAUUGGGUUUUAAGGAUAUCCUUGGCCCAUCGGUGAUUGCGGGGACUGGGAACUAUAAAUUGCCGCCUUUGCAAUAUGUGCAAAGGAUAUUGGGUGAGAAACCAAACCUUCAGCCUGUGGACAAUUACCUCGCUGUCAGUCUGAUGGCAGAUGCUUGCGUCCACCCACCGAUGAUGUACGGUAGGUGGAAGGACUGGGAUGGUACUCCCCUUUCUGAAAAGCCGCUGUUUUACCAAGGAGUCGAUGAAAUUCAGGAAGACCUGCUUAGUAAAGUAAGCGACGAAAUUGUAGCAACGGCAAAGGCUAUCCAGCAACAAAGGCCUGAACUGGACAUGUCGACAGUUAUUCACCUGUUUGACUGGUACAAAAAGUACUAUCCGGAUCAGAUAUCUGACAAAUCCAGUUUGAGAUCUUGCAUGGUGACCAACAAGGCGUACAAUGGUCUUGUUUAUCCUAUGAAGUCGGUCGACGGUGGUUUUGUACCUGACUUCGGCUACCGCUAUACGUCUGAGGACAUACCGUUUGGUCUCGUCGUUAUGAAAGGGAUCGCAGAAUGUGCAGGAGUGAAGACCCCAACGAUGGACAUAAUCAUUGAAUGGGCACAGAAGAAAUUGGGCAAGGAAUAUAUCGUUGGAUCAACAUUGUCGGGAAGAGACGUCGGCUCUAGUCGAGCACCACAGGCGUUUGGCUUCAAAACUCUGCAUGAUCUAUGCAGCGUACUGUAACUUAACAAGGACUAUUAGCUUAGUUAUGACUUUGUCGUGUUAAAGGGGCCUUUUCACAGAUUUUGGCAUGUUUUGAAGUUUGUCAUUAAAUGCUUUAUAUUGAUAAAUGUAAAUAUUGGAUACAAACAAGCUCCAGUAAAAAAUCAAGAAUAAAAUUUAAAAAAGAAAAACAAGGUAACCUUCAGCAGGACUCGAACCACUGACCCCUGGAGUCCUGGAGUAAAAAGUCUACCACUUAGACCACUCGGCCAUUCUUCCGUAUACAAUGCCAGUUGUAUUUUAUACUUUAUAUAAGCAAUCCUCGUAGUUUCACAAAAUAUAACGACAACAACAUCACUCUCCAAAUUAUUAAUUCGUUUCGCGUUGCAACGCUUUAUAAUUUUCGGGUUUUUAAAUCAUCAAAAGAUGCAUAAAAAGGCUAUUUUAGAGCAUUGUAAAAGUAUAGUAUUACUGUUUCCUCACAACUAUCAUAAUGAAAACGAAAGUUUACGAAUCUGAAACAACUUUUUUUUUCAAUUUUGUCAAUUUACCCAACCGUGAAAAGGCCCCUUUAAUUAAAGACUUUAGAGACGUCAAGUGUAUAGUUUCAAGCGUGAAAACCCUUUUUUACCAUACCCAGUUUGACCUGUGUUGCGUGUUUGGAAAUUUAUUAAACUACAAUUGCUCAUAAUUUGUUAUUUUCCAAAAUAUAUUUAUCUUUUCUCCGAUGUCGGUACUUUCCGCAGUGCAAAUAAAAUUAUAUAUAUCUAAAUAAAUAUUAUUUACUCGA